AUGAAGGACGGGGACGUUGCGAUCUGCUUACUGCGCAGUCUGCCCAAGACUUUUGAGAACGUAGUUCUCAACUUGGAGAUGAACAGCGCAGAGCUUCGAUCGCGGGACGUCGUGAAAGUUCUCACAAACGAGCAUAUCAAGCGGCAAGGUGACAAGACGACAUCGGUGAAGACUGAAGACGCGGCGAAGGCGUUCAGUACCGAGCGUGAACCUCGCCAGUGUACAUACUGCGGAAAAUUGGGGCACACGGCGGAGAGGUGCUGGACCAAGCAGAAGGAAGACAAUCGGGGAGCUCGACGCGGCGGCAACAAUGCUCGUGGACGCGGAGCCAACAACGUUCAGUGGCGAACCAACAGCAACUACGACGACAACUACGAUCGAGUUGCGUUCGCGGUUUCGCUGGAGGCUUGA